AUGUCCACAAGAGGUAUAUGGUCAUUAGCAAUUGCAUAUUUUGAUGAUCCUAAUAUUUUGGAACAAAUUUUAUCUGAAUGGUCACAAACAGUAGAAGAAGAGUCAUGCAGGGUGUCAAUCUCAACAAGAGAAUAUAUGAUUAAAAUAGUAGAUAUAAAAACAAAGACAUAUCAUAGAUGUUAUGCAGAAGAGCAUUUGGUAUUGAAUUGUCCAAUUACAAAAAGACAAAAAGAAAUAAAUGAAAGAAAGACAAAAGAUUUUGAGAAAUAUGGAUACAUGUAUAAGACCACUAGAUCAUGUUUAUACCAAAACUUGAGAAAUCAAGUAGGUAUGAGAAUUGAAUAUUCAGAUGCAGUUAAAAGAAAUGUAAUUACAAUUAGAAGAAAUACUGGUUUAAUAAGUAACCAAGAGGAUUCAUUUCAAAAUAUAAUAAAUAUGCUUGAAACUAUUAAACAAGAUAUAGUAGAAAUUAAAAAACAAACAAAAAAUAUUGAUAAAAAAGUACAAUAUUUGGAGGAAUAUGCUGGAUAUAAUUUGGAAGAAAAAAUAUAUCAUAUGAGAACACAAAUGGAACAAAAAGCAAAUACAGUUAAAAUGUUAGUAGAAUUAAUACCAGAAUUGAAAAAAUCCAAUGAUGAAACACAAGAAAGAUUAA